AUGACACGUUUUUUGUGCAUAAAAGGAGACGAAUGGAGGCGCGACGAGGCUUCCGGUGGCUUGAAGUCCGGACACCUGAGCCGCACGUCUGGUUGUAGGAUGUUGUCGCGCGGGGCGGCGGCGGCUGCGGCCGCUGCGGCGCGGGCUUCCCGGGUGCUGAGGGUCUUCACGGCGAGGCGUCGCGCGCUGCACACCAGUCUGCAGAGCCGCUCUUUUGCCAAGGAGCUCUUCCUGGGCAACAUCGAGCAGAAAGGCGUUUUCCCAUUUCCAGAGGUUAGUCAAGAUGAACUUAGUGAAAUCAGUCAGUUUGUGGGACCACUGGAAAGAUUCUUUACUGAAGAAGUGGACUCUCAAAAAAUUGACCGGGAGGGAAAAAUCCCAGUUGAUACCUUAGAGAAAUUGAAGAGCCUGGGACUUUUUGGGAUACAGGUCCCAGAAGAAUAUGGUGGCCUGGGCCUCUCCAAUACCAUGUAUGCUCGGCUUGGGGAGAUCAUCAGCGCAGAUGCGUCCAUCACGACGACCCUGGCUGCACACCAGGCUAUUGGACUCAAGGGGAUUAUCUUGGUCGGCAAUGAGGAACAGAAGGCCAAGUAUCUGCCCAGACUGGCAUCCGGGGAACACAUCGCAGCCUUCUGCCUAACAGAGCCAGCCAGUGGGAGUGAUGCUGCCUCCAUCCAGACCAGAGCCACAUUAAGUGAAGAUAAGAAGUACUUUGUCCUCAAUGGCUCCAAGGUUUGGAUCACCAAUGGAGGACUGGCCAGUAUUUUUACUGUAUUUGCAAAAACUGAGGUGGUUGAUUCCGAUGGUUCGAUAAAAGACAAAAUCACUGCAUUCAUAGUAGAAAGAGACUUUGGUGGAGUUUCCCAUGGGAAGCCUGAAGAUAAACUGGGCAUCCGAGGCUCCAACACAUGUGAAGUCCAUUUUGAAAAUACCAGAGUGCCUGUGGAAAAUGUCCUUGGAGAAGUUGGAGGUGGCUUUAAGGUCGCCAUGAAUAUCCUCAACAGUGGGCGAUUCAGCAUGGGCAGUGCUGUGGCUGGAAUGCUCAAGAAACUGAUUGAGCUGACUGCUGAAUAUGCCUGUACGAGGAAACAGUUUAAUAGGAAUCUCAGUGAAUUCGGUUUGAUUCAGGAAAAGUUUGCGCUGAUUGCUCAGAAGGCGUAUGUAAUGGAGAGUAUGGCUUACCUCACUGCAGGCAUGCUAGACCAACCAGGAUUUCCCGACUGCUCUAUCGAGGCAGCCAUGGUGAAGGUUUUUAGCUCUGAGGCUGCCUGGCAGUGUGUGAGCGAGGCUCUGCAGAUCUUUGGUGGCUCAGGCUACAUGAGGGAUUACCCCUAUGAGCGUAUGCUACGUGAUUCCCGCAUUCUCCUAAUCUUUGAGGGAACCAAUGAGAUUCUUCGGUUGUUCAUUGCCCUGACAGGCCUGCAGCAUGCUGGACGCAUCCUGACCUCGAGGAUCAAAGAGCUGAAAAGCGGCAAUGUGACCACAGUCCUUGAGACAAUUGGUCGGAGGCUUCGGGACUCACUGGGCCGAACUGUGGACCUGGGACUAUCAGGCAAUCCUGGCGCUGUACACCCAAGUCUUGGAGACAGUGCCAACAAGCUUGAGGAGAAUGUGCAUUACUUUGGCCGGACUGUUGAGACCCUGCUACUCCGUUUUGGAAAGACCAUUGUAGAAGAACAGCUGGUGUUGAAGCGGGUAGCCAACAUCCUCAUCAACCUGUACGGCAUGACAGCUGUGCUGUCACGGGCCAGCCGCUCCAUCCGAAUUGGCCUCCGGGACCAUGAUCAUGAGGUUCUGUUGGCCAACAUGUUCUGUACAGAAGCCUAUUUCCAGAAUCUCUUCAGCCUGUCUCAGCUGGACAAGUAUGCUCCAGAAAACCUGGAUGAGCAGAUUAAGAAAGUGUCUCGGCAGAUCCUUGAGAAGCGAGCCUACAUCUGUGCCCACCCUCUAGACAGGACAUCCUGAGGCUGGAGCUGCGUCAUUGUACCCAGCUAGCCUGUUAACAGAAUGCAGCCUCUUCAGAAGACAGACACCGUGGCUCAUCUGUGUGGACUGCAUGUCAUCCGCAUACACUAAACGGUUUUCUUCUCUGGGAAAGAACAAUAGUUAGGUUUGACCUGUAGGUCCUGCAUCUAAAGAGAUCACAUCUUCAGCAAGGAAGGAUGGAAGGAUCAAACUGUUGAAGGAAGAAAGAAAAAGAAAGAACCAAGUUGCUGAUGGCUCUGUGUGUGACUACCAUGAUGUGUCUCAGUGGAAAUGGGCCCACUCUAUGACACAAGGCUCACAGGAAACUAAGGUGUGGGCAGCCGUCCUACUAAACCAUGCACUAAAGAAGAGCCUGGGAGACUGUGUACCACCUAUGGAAACUGUUGACAAUCUGUAUCAGGAACCGCCUAACAAAAACGAACAUAAAGUGUCACAGUUUCUGUCCCAUCUAGACUUCAUGUUCUUCUAAUCCAGGAUCAUGAGGGGUCUUAGCAAUAAAAUUCCUUCUUGGGUAUUUUAAA